AAUUAUCCAUUCCUAAGCACGGUAUUAUUCCACGUUAAAAUCCACUCGAUAAUCCCAUCUCAUAGUUUAUUUCCGAUAAAAAAAACUCAUGAAGUGAAUAAAAUAAUUUCAGUUGAGACAGAAAAGUCAGUUGAAGUUACCAGUGCCGUAUACAUGGUGACAGCAAUAAUAAAUUGUUGAUUAUUGUUUUAUCUGGAGAAGUUGUUAGUGAGUAAUAAUGAUUCUGCUGGAGAUUAACAAUAGGAUACUAGAAGAGACAUUACAAACAAAAAUAAAAAAUUCAUUAUCGGGGCAUAAACCCGAGUCUACAGAUGUCAUAAUAGCAGACUUCGAUGGAGCUCUCUUCCACAUGUCCAAUCCCAAUGGGGAUAAGUCAAAACUUAGAAUAAGUAUUUCGCUCAAAUUCUAUGGGCAACUGAGAGAAUAUGGGGCUGAUGACUUGCUCAAACGUGAAUAUGGAGCUUAUCUGGUGGAGCCAGAAUCAGGAUACAAUGUCUCUGUGCAAGUGGACUUGGAAAAUUUAGAAGAGGACUGGGAAUCCCUCGUCAAGAAAGUUGGUCUUCUCAAGAGGCACUGUUUCGCAAGUGUCUUUGAAAAAUACUUCGAUUUCCAGGAGAAAUAUGUUGACAACCCGGAGCAGUGUCCGAAGAGGGCAGUCAUUCACUAUCGAGACCAGGAAACAAUAUAUGUCGAGGCGAAGAGUGAUCGUGUCACAGUGGUCUUUAGCACGAUAUUUAAAGACGAGGAUGACAUGGUCAUCGGGAAAAUGUUUCUGCAGGAGCUAAAGGAGGGGAGGAGAGCCAGUCACACGGCGCCUCAGGUGCUUUUCAAUCAUCGAGAGCCACCCAUUGAGCUUCAAGACUGUGAUGCUGCUGUUGGAGACAGUAUCGGAUACGUUACAUUCGUCCUUUUUCCCCGACACACGAACAGAGAAUGCCGAGACAACACAAUCGAUCUAAUCCAUAUGUUCAGAAAUUACCUGCAUUACCACAUUAAAUGCAGUAAGGUAUACAUUCACUCUCGAAUGCGAACCAAAACCACUGAUUUUCUGAAGGUCCUUAACCGGGCGAGAUCGGCAUCAAAGAGCACCGAGAAGAAAACAAUAACGGGUCGAACAUUUAUACGAAAGGAGUGAAAAUAUUCUAGCAAUCAGGCAUUCUGAAUCGAUAAAAGAACAAAAACUGCUGAAUUAAUUAUAAAAACUGGAGAUUGAGGAGUUCGUCUGGCAUUUGGGAGGAUUGAGCCAGCUGGGGGUGAGUGAUGUGUCCCCCAGUGGAAGGAUCUAUCUUGUUAUUCGAGAGAAUCUAUUGUCGAGUGGGUCAUAGGAACUAGGCUAAGGGAAGAAUCAAUUUUACUCCAAAAACAAUUUCAAAGUAACAGAGAACGUUAGGACAUUCGUCAUUUUCAACGAUACAGGCAUUAUUUUAUUAAUUUCCUUCGAUUGUUCUUUAGAUUUCGCACAUUCAUGUCGUAUACUUACGUUUAGGGAGAUCAUGAGUCAUAUAUAAUUGGAGAUAAGGAUGAAUAAUCAAAAAUUAAUUUUAAUCUCGUCUAUUUUUCGAUGAAGCGAUGAAAACUGGAAUACUACCCUCGCUUUUUGAAUUUAUCUCGACAUGGGGUGGACUGAGGGGAAAAUGUGACAGAUUGAAUUUUGUGGGGAAAAUUUCUUGUGACAUUUUCUCAUAGACCGCCAUAUUGUUGAAAUAAUCCAGUUUUGAUGGGAGUGCAGUUUAUUUCGUCCCUUCAUUAACGAAUCAGAGAACCUCAGGAGCUGAACCACUAGUGCCAGAUUCUCAUUGAAUUCGCUCAAGAACUUUUGUACACCUGAUGUUUCAAGACUCCUCUUAUUGUCCACCAGUAUUGUCAAAUGCAUUUCAAGGAAACAAUCCAAAUCCGCUGAUAUACUCAAUAUUGUUUAAACGUAUUCAAUUAUUGUGCGAUGAAAUACAGCUGGCUUCCACUCCUGUAUCGUGGCGAUAUGAAUGUAAUAACGGGUUCGAAUUUAAUUGUAAUAAAAUUCUUAAAACACUUUUAACUCGAUACUAAGAGAUAUAAGGAUGAGGAGUGAGUUAAUACGAGAUAGACCUUGUUAACGAAGUGACACAAUUUUACGUCAUAGCCACGAACCAUAGAAUAUUGUUUUUGUAACAAAUGAGUAUUUUUAUUUCCAAUCUUUACUUAUUAUAAGAUAAUAAAAAAGGAUUAAAACAUUA